UCUGUUCCCUAUAUAUAUACCCCUUAGUAUGCCGCGGAAUUCUCCAUUGCUCUAACGUUUUACAAAACAUCGACAUCUUAAAAAGCAUCAGUUAUCUGUAAGAACGGACUGCAAAGUGAUUGGUGAUUUAAUAAACGUGCGCUGGCCCGCGAAGGCACACAACUUUAAAGGUGUUGGCGAGAAAACAAGCAUUUCCAUUUAAAGUUUGGAUUUUUGACGUAAAUAUUGUAGGAAGUGAAAUAAAACGAGAGAAAACUUAACAAAUCUAUUCUCAAGAAACUGGGGGUACUUGACCCGAUUGUGAUUUGAUUGGUCGCCAGAGUUUCUAGUUUAGCUAGGAGUAUAAAGGCUGUGACAUUAUUGUAUCGCCAUGUGAAGGGGCCAUCAUGCUACUACUGUCGCCAUGGAUUCAGUGCUGAUGUGGUUCCUUGUUUUUAUCAUGCUUCUGGCCGUGCAAGUCAAAUCUGUCCCGGUACAGAGUAACAAAUCAGGACCCAAGUCACGAACGUUCAGCGGCCAAAUCCAAAAUCAAAUACCCGAAGUGACAAAAAUUGAAUCCGAAAACAUGGAAAGGCAAAGGGACGCUUAUGUGUAUAAUCGUGUUCAGUUCACGCUGCCGUCUUCCUCCGACACAGAGUCCGUGCUUUCACAAACAAACACACACACAAAGUCUCCACGGAGACACCGACGGUCUUCCAUUUUUUCAAGGUCAAUUGUAGUCCAGGAAAUCCGUCGGAAUAGUCAUCUAACGGAUUGUACGGAGUGGGAGAAUCGCCACUACUGCCAUAACGGCGGAAAGUGUGCUUAUAUUCCCAAACUGGAGCUUAAAACCUGCAGAUGUCCUAUGAGUUACACGGGGUCUCGAUGUGAGAUAUUUGACCUUCAAUUCUUCAUGAGUCAAAUGACCGCCUUUAACCCUUUUAUGUUUACUGGUUAAAGAGAAUACAGGAAAAGACAAACAGAUUUGUGAUAGCGCUGGACAUAAUCUGAUGCACGUACAACGAGAGUGCGCGUGUCCAUCAUCGAACUAGGUCAUCCGACAAUCGAACACGACCAGAAAGAAAAUAUCUUCACCCAACGAUUUGAACGGUGACCGAUCUUCCAUUUUUACCUUGCCAUAAACUCUGUGCAUUUUUUCCAUAUGUUAGCCACUAUGGAAUACAACCACGUGCAAAACAUUAACUUCAAAGGUGUUUUGCGGAGAGGAACACGGUAGAAACAGAUUUGAGCUCGUGCAAGUUGAACGAAAGAUCAGCAUGUGUGCCUCGGUGGUUUCGUGGUUGCAAGUCAUUAACCCGGCCUGUAUGAAAACAGGAAUAUUCUAAUUACUUAAAACAAAACAGAUACUUCAAUCGCGAACAAUAAACCCUUCCGAAUCCAAAGAAGAUUGCAGGGAAUCCCGUGUCUGUACCUAUAUUACUUCGCCUGUUAAUCCGACUAGAACUACGUACAAGCUAUUAAGUCAAGGGGCUACUAAUAAGAAAACCAGCCAUCGGAGUCAACGUUUUGGAUAUUAUGAUUUAUUGAAAUAGAAGAAAUUAGUUUUUUGGCAGAGGAUACAAAGCAAAGAGCAUUUCUCUACAAAGCUUGGUUUCAUCUCCAAGCAGACAAUUAUAUACUCCUGUUGGUCUUGAAAGACCUCUCGAAUUAAGGGGAAGAAGUUCAGUGUUUGACAAAUACAGAACACGCAGAUACUUGAUUUUAAUUAACUUUCUACAGGAUUACGGAAAAUCUUUCAUAACUAAAUUAAUCACUAUUUUGGUUACAUGUUAAGCGUUUAUUUAAGAGAUUUUUGCUGUUUGUUUCGAACCACCUCUAAAGGCGUGUUCGAAUCGUCAUUUCAAUGUCUGUGAUAAAGCCCUCAAAUGAAUAUGAAUGGUUGAAAGGUUGAAAAAUUUCAUCAUCCCCAAGUUAAAUUGGUGUUCAUGUGUGUGAGAUUCGAAUUCAAUGUCCAUUCAUUUCAUUCUAAAUUAAGAGAGGUAUAUCCAUAUUCAUAAAUUUUAAUAUUCAUUAAUCUUAAAAUGCUCUAAAGGAGGGCAUUAACUCUAUCAAAUACCGGUGUAAAAUAAAUACGUAGAAUAUAUUUAUUUGGCUAGAUUUAUAGGCCAUCGUUUAAAAAAAUAUAAAUAUAUAUUGUAUAUUGCGACAUUGUCCACUCAGACAUUCAAUAGAUUUUGAAAAAAAAAAACACCCUUUAUGUAAAAUAUCUAUUUGGGGAUGUAACUCCAUUUAAUUGAUAAAAAAAAAUAAAAUAAAAUGAAUACGAAAACAAAACGGAUAUUGACCAACAUUUUCUUUAUUUGUCUUCAAAGACGAAGUACAAAACAUUUUUUUUUUCUUCCAAAAAAUCAUUUAAUAAUGGCAACAUUAAGAACGAAAGGUAAGUUGAAAAAAAAAUAACACGAUAAUAAAAUUGACAAAAUAACAUGAAUUCAGUGGAUCCUUUCAAAAAUUCGAUUUUGUAUAUGAUUAAUUGUUCAUUACACAUUUUUUCAUCCCGAAUCAGUGUAAAUGUAUGGCGAAAUUACAUCAUAUCAAUAUACAUGUUGGUUAAGUAUGACAUACAAUGAAUGGUUGUUAAUUUAUUAUCUGUAUAUAAUUUAUUAGGAAUGUAAAUGAUGUGUCUGUAUGUGUGUUUGUUUGUUUAUUUGUUAGUGUGUAUGUGAUUUUGUUUGUGUCAGAGAGAAAUAACUAUUAUUGUUCCCAGAUUUUUGUUGAAUAUCUUAAGUACGUUUCAGCAUAGCUGGAAAACUUUGAGCAAAUUUACUUGAGUAAUAUCAAUAAAGGAUAGUUUAUACUAUGUA